AUGCGCGAGCCCUCCCCCAAGACUUCUUCCGGGCGGCGGCACAUCGCGUCGCUGCCGCUGCCGCCACCGCCCCGGCGGAACUUCCGCUCCCAAGCGCCACUCCCGCCCGCAGCGGCCCCACCAACCGGCGGACGGAGGGGGCGGAGCAGGCCACGCCCCCUGCGCCGAUUGGUCCGCGGCGGCGGCGGGCGUGCCGCCGGCCGGCCGAUGAAUGGAGGCGCUGGGGCGCGCGCGAGCGCGUGCCUGUGGUGCGGGAUGGGGGCGAGCGGCGGCGUGUGCGGGUUCUGGCGGCGGGUGUCGGGCCCGGAGGAGCAGUGGCUGCUGGAGCUCCUCUCCUACGGGCUGGUGGCGCUGGGCGCCGCCUCCGCCCUGCUGCUCUGCUUCGUCCCCAUGCCCUACGGCCGGUACUCCUCGCGGCGCUUCGGCUGGCUGCUGCCCGCCCGCCCCGCCUGGUUUUGGACAUCAAAAGUAUCUUUUCUGUUUGUUAAUGCAACAAUUUUUUUUUCCCUUGUUCACUGCAGGGCACUCAUAUUUCCUCUUCUGAUCCGGGAAGGAAAACCAACACCAUUUCUCACUUUUGUGCUAGCGCUUCUGUUCUGUCUUUACAAUGGAUACUUGCAAGGCCGAAGCUUAAGCAACUAUGCAAAAUACCCUUCAGGCUGGUUAAAAGAUCCGUGUUUCAUUACAGGUUUUAUAGGGUGGUUGAUCGGCAUGGCAAUCAAUAUUCAUUCUGAUCAUAUUCUCAGAAAUCUGAGAAAACCAGGGGAAACUGGUUACAAGAUACCAAGAGGAGGAAUGUUUGAGUAUGUCAGUGGAGCCAACUUCUUUGGAGAGAUCCUGGAAUGGUUUGGGUUUGCCCUUGCUUGCUGCACGAUUGAAAGCACUGCGUUUGCCUUGUGUACACUUUUCAUCUUGGGUUCAAGGGCAAAACAACACCACCAAUGGUACCUUGAGAAAUUUGAAGACUAUCCAAAGUGCAGAAAAAUUGUGAUCCCAUUUGUGUACUGAGCUGUGCUUUUAACGUUGUUUUUGAAGUGGCCGCUUUUUUUAACAGCGAACGCUUUACAAGUGUUGGCUGGUUAACAACACACUCUGAUCAUCACUGCGACAAAGCCUUUGUAUCAGUGCUGCUAUUAGUUACUGCUUUUCCUCUUAAUGAAAACCCAGAAUCUGAUGGACAUGGUGAAUAGGAACAGAAAAGCUUUUCCAACAGUGGAGGACCGUCAUAAAUACAUUAGGCAAUGUGUCUGAAUUCACAUCAUGGAAAAUACUGUACAGGACUUCUGAUGCUUCCUUUUCUGCCUAUAAAGGCUUCUGCUGUUUCCACCUGAUCUAGCCACACUGUCCUGAGGAUUGUGGUGUGAGCCCAAUCAUCCUCACUGCAAUCUGGAUGGUAUGUUCUACCUGUUAUUUGUCUGCAUACACAAGUGUGGUUGAUUUUUUUUUUUCCCUUGUCUUCCUAAUCCUUUCUUCCCCCCACCUGCAUUUCUAGGAGAACUGAUGAUGCAGAUCAAGGACAUUAGAUGAAUAUAGUUGCUGUUAGGUGAGAGACAGUGUUCUUCCUCUUCUUUGCACUCUUACACAGAUAUGGACACUGUAUAGAUAAUACUUAAUGCCAUUUAUAUAAACAGCUGUAGUGCUACCUUUCCCAA